AUGCCACAAACUCCAAGACUGCUCGACUACGGGUGCACUGAUUGGCUGAUUAGUAGUCAAAUAGCCGCAGAUCUGUACAAUUCUGGUACCAGACUUUGGACAAAAGAAGACCUUGAAGACAUAGAACAACAAUUGCAUCAAUCCUAUGCGAUGGAGCGAUUUUCAGUCCGUCGAAUCGAUGGAAGCAUGAUCCAAAUUUCUAAUCCCAUGUUCCAAGUACCGAAUCCUAUCUGGAAACCUCAUGUCAAGUACCAAGAAUAUUGGCAACUUGUGAAUGCACAACCCAAUGGCCCAGUUGAAAUUUACCUGUGCUCUUACAUUGUGGAUUGGAGCAAUCAGACUGCACGGAACUUCCGAGAGCUUCUAGCACAACCUAUGCAAGUCUUUGACGAGAAACACUUGUUGUGGCAGAAUAGCAAGACCUGCAAGCACUUGGCAACCUUGGUCCAAGAUAUACUCGGUACAAACACUGUGAAGAAGGUUCUUUGCUUCGGGCUCGAUUAUACCGAGGUCGCGGAAGAGAUCCUGACCAAGAAGGAAUUCAAAAUUGUCGGAACUCACGGUGCAGGAGGAUUCGCGGAGGUUGACGAUGAAUCGAUCAUAAUACCACCCUUUGCUGCCGCUCCAAUCAAGCAGAUUAUCGCCGAUCUUGCUCGGCCUGCGCUUAUAAUUUCCACCGGCUUUGAAGUCUUCAAUGGCAAUGAAAAACCAUUGGCAGAUGCUGAAUCUCCGAGAACAAGGCAAAUGUGGUUGGAAUAUGACACCUAUAGCCUUCCAAGCCAUUCUGAUGACGUUGAAAUAUGCUCUGCGCUGAAGGGACUACAUUUGUAUUGUAGGCGCCAGCAAACUCUGAAUGCGCAAGGGGCCUGA